AUGAAGCCCGCCGCCGCGACCUCGCCCGGCGAGCCGAAGGGCCUCCUUCCGCACGGCGGAUCGCGCCGGCGCCGCCUGGCCGCGGUGCUCGCGCCGCUGCUCCUCUUCCUCGCCGCCGAGAUUGCCUUCCCCUCCUCGACCCGCCUCGACCAGCUCCUGUUACUCGCGCCACGUGACGAUGCCACUCCAUCAUCCUCAACAUCCUCCCCGUUGCCGCCUCCGCCUCCGCCUCCCCCGCGGGUGGCGGUGUGCCUGGUGGGCGGCGCGCGGCGGUUCGAGCUGACGGGCCCCUCCAUCGCGCGCCACGUCCUGGCGCCGCUCCUCGCCGGCGCGUCCGCCGCCGACGUGUUCCUGCACAGCCCGCUCGACGCCGACGCCUGGAAGCUCUCCGUCCUGGCCCGCGCCGCGCCGCCGGGGGCCUCGCUGGCUGCCGUGCGCGUGUUCCGGCCGGGGCGCAUCGCCGUGACCCCCGCGCGGGCGCGCGCGCUCACCGCGGAGCACUCGCCCAAAGGCGUCCAGGGCUUGCUGCAAUACUUCCAUCUGGUGGAGGGAUGCCUGGACCUGAUCCGGGAGCGCGAGUCCCGGGGCAACUUCACCUACGCCUGGGUGCUCCGCACGCGCGUCGACGGCUUCUGGUCGGCGCCGCUGGACCCGGACGGCGCCUUCCACCCGGCCGCCUACGUCGUGCCGGAGGGCUCCCGCUUCGGGGGUCUCAACGACCGCCUGGGCGCCGGGGCCCGCGAGGCGUCGGGCGCCGCGCUCGCCCGCCUCUCCGCGCUGCCGCGCCUCGCCGCGGCGGGGUACCGGGACCUCAACUCCGAGUCCGCGUUCCGCGCGCAGCUCCGCGCCGCGGGCGUGCCGGCGCGGGAGCGCCGCUUCCCGUUCUGCGUGCUCAGCGACCGGACCUACUCGUUCCCGCCGUGGGCCAGGUCCGCGGUGCCCGUGGCGUCGCUGGGGUCGCCGGGGCCGCUCAGCGGGGCCAAGUGCCGGCCCUGCCGCCCCGCCUGCCGCGGCGGGUGCGUGGCGCGGCACCUCGCCCGGCUCCACCGCGGGUGGAGCUGGACCGAGUGGCGGAACGGGACGCUGGAGCUCUGCGACGCCAGCGGGCCGUGGGAGCCAGGGUGGGAGGCGCUGUUCGACGAGGUCGCCGGCGCCGAGGCCGCCGCGGUGCGGCGGAGCGUGGCGCGGAUGGGUGCGGGCGAGUGCGUGGCGAAGGUGGAGGCGCUCCGGGCGCGCGCGGAGCGGUGGGACGCGCCCAGCCCCGCCGAGAUGUGCCGCCUCCGGUUUGGAGUCCGGUCGCGGCCGGCGGAUCGCCCCGGCAACUCUUCGGCAGGCGGUGACACUGACGCUACUGUUACCAUCACUGAACACUGAACAGCCUUGAGUUCUUAUUAGAAAGAGAGGAAAAUUGGGAUGCGGAUACAAACUUCAAAUCGUCCUUUGUUUUUUUUCUCAAAGACCGAAAUCUUCUUUGUACAAAAUUGUUUUAGUCUUAAAAUUUACAUAAGAAAUGAACACUAGGUAUAAAAUCCA